AUGUCAUGUGUCCCGCAGAGCCGGGCGGCACGCGUGCUCUCCCUCUGGCUCCUCGUCCUCCACGCCCAAGCGCCCUGCCUGGGCAGGGCCCCGCCGGCUGGCAGCUCCCUGUUCCCCGACGGCGGGCAAGAGCAAUUUGUGAAGAUGGUGCCAGAAUACCAUGUAGUUCAUCCGGCAAGAGUAGAUGCAAGUGGGCAUUUUCUUUCUUUUAAUCUACACCAUCACAUUCCAAGUCUGAGGAAGAAGAGAUACCUUGGAAAAAGUGAAAAUGUGGUAUACUACAAAAUUAAUCAUGAGGAGAAAGAUGUGUUUUUUAAUUUGACUGUCCACAUGGGAUUUCUUUCCCAUAACUAUGUAGUAGAAAGGAGACGUGGCAACCACACCAGAGCGAAGAUUUCAGCUCGCUCAGGAGUUCCUUGCCAUUUCCUUGGCACAGCAUGGCAGCAUGGCUCUGGCAGUGGGACAGCAGCAAUCAGCACUUGCAGUGGCCUGACUGGAUAUUUCCAUCUGCCCCAUGGGGAUUACUUCAUUGAGCCCAUCAAAAAGCAUCCACAGAAGGAGGGAACACCCCAUCCCCAUAUUAUCUAUGUUGCAGAUAACCUUCAAAAUGCUUUAAGGAGAAGACGGGCCAUCCCAAUGGAAAAGGAACGAGCAUGUGGACUGAAUGAUACCCACAGCUUUUUCAAACAGCAGCAGCAUCAGAGGGAGAGAUGGGAGCAAAAUCACACAGCUGCCAGGAGGGUUUCUCGGCGCUCUGUCAGCAAGGAGCGAUGGGUGGAGACGCUUGUGGUGGCAGACAGUAAAAUGGUUGAAUAUCAUGGAAGUGACCAUGUGGAGUCAUAUAUCCUCACUAUAAUGAAUAUGGUCACAGGGUUGUUCCACGAUCCAAGCAUUGGCAAUGCAAUUCACAUUGUGCUGGUCCGGCUCAUCCUCUUUGAGGAGGUGGAGCAAGGCUUGAAGAUAGUGCACCAUGCUGAUAAGACAUUAGCCAGCUUCUGCAAGUGGCAGAAGAGUGUCAAUCCCAAGAGUGAUGUCAACCCCACACACCAUGAUGUGGCUGUCCUUCUUACGAGAAAGGACAUUUGUGCUGGCAUGAACCGUCCCUGUGAAACCUUAGGCUUGUCUCACCUGUCAGGCAUGUGUCAGCCUCACAGGAGCUGCAACAUCAAUGAGGACUCUGGCCUCCCCUUGGCUUUCACUAUUGCUCAUGAACUUGGACACAGUUUUGGAAUCCAGCACGAUGGAAAAGAGAACGACUGUGAGCCUGCUGGAAAGCGCCCGUAUAUUAUGUCCCGACAGUUGCAGUAUGAUCCUACUCCCCUUACCUGGUCACAGUGCAGCAAGGAGUACAUCACACGGUUCCUAGAUCGUGGGUGGGGAUUCUGUCUGGAUGACAUCCCCCAAAAAGAAGUUCUGAAGUCCCCAGUCAUUGCUCCUGGAGUGAUUUAUGAUGUGCACCACCAAUGCCAGCUUCAGUAUGGUUCCAAUGCUACAUUCUGUGAAGAUGUGGAUAACCUUUGCCAGACCCUCUGGUGCUCAGUGAAAGGCUCCUGCCGCUCCAAACUGGAUGCAGCUGCAGAUGGCACUCGGUGUGGAGAAAACAAGUGGUGCUUCUCUGGUGAGUGCAUUACAGUGGGGAAGACUCCUGAAGCAAUCCAUGGCCAGUGGAGCGUUUGGUCAUCCUGGUCCCAUUGCACAAGGACAUGUGGAGCAGGAGUUCAAAGCGCAGAGAGGCUAUGUGAUAAUCCAGAACCACAGUUUGGAGGAGACUACUGUACUGGAGAGAGGAAGCGCUAUCGCAUGUGUAACAUCAGCCCCUGUCACAAAGACUUGCCAACCUUCCGUCAGAUGCAGUGCAGUGAAUUUGAUACAGUUCCCUACCAGAACGAAUUCUACCACUGGGUUCCCAUUUAUAACACAGCAAACCCCUGUGAGCUCCACUGCCGCCCAGUAGACGGCAAUUUUUCAGAGAAGAUGCUUGAUGCAGUCACUGAUGGCACUCCUUGCUUUGAAGGAAGGCACAGCCGAGAUAUCUGUAUUAAUGGCAUGUGUAAGGCUGUUGGCUGUGAUUAUGAGAUAAAUUCCAAUGCAACAGAAGACCAGUGUGGAGUUUGCCUGGGAGAUGGCUCUGCUUGUCGUACAGUGAAGAUGAUGUUUAAUCAAAGUGAAGGAUUUGGAUAUGUUGAUAUUGGGCUAAUUCCAAAAGGUGCAAGGGGAAUCAAAGUCAUGGAAGUUACAGAAUCAGGAAAUUUCCUUGCUAUGCGAAGCAAAGAUCCAGAAAAAUACUACCUGAAUGGAGGCUUUAUCAUCCAGUGGAAUGGUGAAUACGAAGUGGCAGGCACAAUAUUUCAGUAUGACAGAACAGGGGAUCUAGAAAAUUUGACUGCUCCAGGACCCACCAAUGAAUCAAUAUGGAUUCAGCUGCUUUUUCAAGAAACUAACCCUGGAAUAGAGUAUGAAUACACUGUACGCAAAGAAGAAAGUAAUGAGAAUGAGGUUGGAGAGCCAGAGUAUUUUUGGCAAUAUGGAGAGUGGACAGCCUGCAGUGUUACCUGUGGAAGAGGGCUGCAGCGGCAGAUCGCCCACUGCAUGCGGAGGGGGAGCAGAGCCGUCAAAAGCUCCUUCUGUGACCCAGCGACGCAACCGAAUGGGCGGCAGAAGAAGUGCCACGAGCAGGACUGCCCGCCCAGGUGGUGGGCAGGGGAGUGGCAGAAAUGUUCGACCACAUGUGGCCCAACAGGCCAGAAGAAGAGAACUGUACUUUGCAUCCAGACAGUGGGAUCAGAUGAGCAAGCUCUGGAUGUCACAGAGUGCCAGCACCUACUUAAACCAAAGACCCAUCUGUCAUGCAACAGAGAUAUCUUGUGCCCAUCUGACUGGACAGUGAGCAACUGGACUGAGUGCACAGUCACUUGUGGUGGUGGAAUAAGGACUCGUAAUGUCACUUGUGCCAAAAAUAAUGAUGAGCCAUGUAAUAGUUCCAAGAGACCAAACUCGAAGGCCCUGUGUGGUCUUCAGCAAUGCCCUUCUGCUGGAAGAUUUCAGAUUCCCUCACAGGCACCCAGAAGAGGCAAGAUCAUAAUCAGAAAAACAGCUGCCGAUCCUGAACAGAGUCUUCCUCACAGAAUACCCAGACCAAACUCCAGGUUCCAUACUACAACAAAAAUACCUAAGCAUGAAAGUGUAACUCCCUCUUUGCCUAAGUCCUCUAGUUUGGUCAAUAUCUCAGGAAAAGAAGGAGCAGCCAACAGGACAUUACAAAGUAAUUUUGCUGAAUCAAAUGAUGUUUACAAUUACCAAAUUGUUUCUACUGAAAAUAGCUCAUAUCAAAAUAGUACUUCGUGGCCUUUUCAUAACAGCUUAAGUACUGAAAUUAUAAGGCAUGCUGAAAACACUUCUAAAAGUGAGCCAGUUUCUACUGCAAAGAGUGAGUUGCAAAGAAGUGAGGACACUCCUGUUUCCUCUUCUACCAGUAAUCCAGAAAUAACUUCCAGCUAUGAUUACUUAACUGAGGAAUCUGACAACACUGAUGGGCCACUUGGAGUCAGCAAGAAAACAGGUGAUCUCUUUUACAGCACAGAACUCAAUCCUGAAAUCAGGACCACAAGCACAACCUUGGACACUGCCUCUCCUGUCACUCAGAAUGAGAGUGUGACUUCUCAGACCCCACAAGCAUCUCAUCACCAAGACCUUUCUGUGCUCAAUCCUGUAAGCAGAGCAGCACAAGGGCUGGCAUUUCCAACAGCAGCAAACUAUGUCAGUCUGCAAGCUGAUGUGCCUGUUGUAGAAGUAACAACCCCACAAGCACUGGUUACAGAAAUGCCUACAGAGCUUGGUCGUGCACCAAGAGAACAGGCUGACAGCAGAGAAGAAAUAAAGCUGCCUGACACCAUAACCACUAGCACACAGUCCUCAGCUCCCAAGCAUGCUCCAAACAACCAAAGUGCAGCAUCUGAGGGUGUUUUAAUGAAUCCCACAGACAACAGCCAUAUAAUAAUAUCCAACAAUUUGCCCAGUGAUGCCUAUUGGAUAGUAGGCAACUGGAGUGAGUGCUCUACGACCUGUGGAAUGGGGGCUUUCUGGAGACACGUGGAGUGCAGCAGCAGGAACACAUCUCACUGUCAGAACAUGAAAAAGCCUGAUCCUGCAAGGAGAUGUUAUCUCCGCCCAUGCGCUAGCUGGAAAACAGGAAAUUGGAGCAAGUGCUCUGUGAACUGCAGCGGAGGCUUCAAGACCCGAGACGUUCACUGCAUUGAUGUUGGGGAAAAGCGACUGCUCAGGCCUUUCCACUGCCAGUUACUUGGCUAUAAACCACAGCUCAACACUAGCUGUAACACAGAACCUUGCUUGCAAUGGCAUGUGGAGCCCUGGAGUGAGUGUUCGAGGAUGUGUGGUGGUGGCCAGCAGAGGCGGUACGUCUCCUGCCCACGGGAAGGGCACUGUGACUGGACCAAGAGACCUGAAGCCAUUGCAUCCUGUAACAGGCAGCCUUGCACACAGUGGAUUCACCAGGCCUGGAGCCCGUGUGCUGUUUCUUGUGGAGGGGGCAUUCAGCAAAGAACUGUGAAAUGCAUGAAUACAGAAACCAAUGAAACUGAAGAUGACAGUAUGUGUGUGGAUAAAGCCAAGCCCACAAAAUAUCAGAAAUGCAAUCUGCAAGAAUGCAGGAAAAAUACAGGGCUGCCCUGCAGCAAAGACCAGCUGUCAGUUCACUUCUGCAGGAGGCUGAAAGGUAUUGGCAAGUGCUUGCUGCCAUCAAUACAGACUCAGUGCUGCUUCACGUGUAGUCAGCCCCGAAUUCGGAACAAAGCAAGACAUGGGGAUCAGCGAGGCUUCAAACAACAAAAUUACACUAAACCUAGAAGAAAACCACCUCAAAACUAAGAAAACAACAACCAAGCAGCUUGGCACUAGCUGUUUUUUUUUCUUGUUUCCUUGAAUAGAGCUUCUGUUUACAGGUUUUAUGUUCAUUAUUUUUUUCUGAACCAUGCAGCAUAAAUGGAAAUCUGUGAUCAAAACUGGGAAAGCACAUCACCUAGGGUUAUCAGUCAUAAUUUACUGCUUCCGUUUUUUCUCUGUAAUAGUCCAAAAUUUAUAAUGUAAUUUUCAAUGUGCCAGCAGCUAGUACUACUUAGGCAUGU